AUGUGGAAGAAGGUGCUCUGCACCAUGUUUUUGCUGAAGUUACUUGUAACUUUGAUGAGUGUGUUUCACUCUAGCUCCAAAAAUAAUUAUUUGCACGUGUACAGUCCUGGAGACAUCAUGAUUGGAGGUCUUUUUCCUAUUCACCAACAAAAAAACACAACAAAAGAUUCUGGUCUAAUCUCUUGUGACGAAUUUAAUAUCCAAACGCUGCUUCGCACCCAAGUGAUGAUCUACGCCAUCCAAGAAAUAAACCAACGCUCGCCGAGACUGCUGCCCAACCUCACGCUUGGAUAUGACAUCUAUGAUACUUGUGGAGACGUCAGCCUGGCCAUCAGAGCAGCUCUGCAGCUGCUAAAGAACCAGUCAGACCCUCAGAUGUGUCUCAUACCUUCAUCCAUCAAAUCCUCCUUACCUGAACCCGAGACAAAGGUGGUUAUUGGAGAGAGGUACUCCGAGUUAUCCAUAGCCGUUGCACGGAUAUUUGCUCUACCAUCAGUCACCCAGAUUAGUUAUGCAUCAACCAGUGAGCUGCUCAGCAAAAAAUAUAAGUUCCCCACCUUCCUAAGGACUGUUUCCAGUGACAGAUAUCAGACAACAGCCAUUUGUGAGCUGGUGAAGUACUUUUCAUGGCAAUCAGUGGCCAUUGUGGGAAGUGAUGAUGAAUAUGGGAAGUACGGCACUGAUAGCCUCAAGAAGUUGUUCGGGGAGAAUAACAUCUGUGUUGAUUUUGUAGAGAUUCUCCCUGGUAACUUCAGUGAAAACUCUUCAACAGCAGGAGAUCUGAUAGAAAAAAUAAACGUUUCUAAGGCUGAGGCCAUCAUCAUGUUCACCAAAGACAGAAAUGUUCGCAUCGUCCUUGAAGGAGUUAUUAAAAAAAAGAUGAACAGAACCUGGAUUGGAGGUGACACCUGGUCCACUUCUCCUGAGAUCUCUAAAAUAGAAGGCAUCGAAAGCAUCGGACCAGUUUUUGGAUUCAUCUUUAAACAGAACGAUGUUCCCGGUUUUCAAGAUUACAUCAGCUCUGAGUUUAAUGGAAGUACAAAGUCCUUUUUGAGUCAUUACCAACUUUCCCCAAAAAACUUUGAAGAUGGUACUGAAUGUAACAUGACUUCCAGCCAAAGCUGCCUGCACUACUACAUUGACCGUGAUGAAUCCUACAGCAUCUACCUGGCUGUCCAGGUCAUUGCUGAGGGCCUCAGGGGCUUGCUAAGAUGUGACAAUGGAAGCUGUGAACGGACCAAUUUCACCACCACUGAGCUAUUCAAUGAAAUCAAGAAAAUCAACAUCACUGUUAACAACACAAACAUCCACUUCGAUAUGAACGGGGAUCCCAGUUUGGGAUAUGACGUAAUGUUUUGGAACCCAUCCAAGUCCAAAGGAGGUGUUGACAUAAGAAAAAUCGGAGAAUACUGGCCAAACAAGAACAUUUUGUUAAAUGAAGAUUUCUCCCAGUGGAGAAAGAAUGAGGCUGUGUCUGUGUUUAACUGCUACAAAAAAUGUAAACCAGGAGAAAGGCUGAUAUCAAAAGAUGGAACAUGCUGCUAUAAGUGCAUCACCUGUUCACCUGAUGAGUAUACAUUUGGAAAUGAUACAACGUGUAUGAAAUGUAAGGAGGGGCAGUACGCACCAGAAAACCAAAGGGAUACUUGUGUGAAUAAAACUGAAGUAUUUCUCGAGUGGACAGACCCCUUCUCCAUCAUUCUGAGCACAAUGGCUGUCUUUGCGAUAGUUGCUACUGUUUUCAGUGCUAUCAUCAUCCGAAUCAACCGUGGAACUCCCAUUGUUAAGGCAAUUGGAGGUUGCUUGUGUUUCGUGGAGAUGGCCUCCUUGCUUCUUGGGUUUAGCCUUACUUUCACCUUUAUAGGAAAACCCACUCCAAAUUCCUGUCUAGGCAUUCCUCUCUUUGGCAUCAGUUUCUCCCUUUGCAUCUCCUGCAUCCUGGCAAACUUAAUCCAGAUCCUGCAUGGUUUUAGCUUUGACCCGAGGGUUUCCUCUAAGAUUAAGAAACUUAAUCAUCCAGUGGCUUUAGUCAUCAUCAUCUCUGGUGUGCAGGUGGCUGUGUCCUUGGCCUGGUUACUUGUUCUCCCACCUAGUCCUGAAAAGAUGCAAAAGAGUACAAAAAUAUUGUACCAGUGUGUCAUAUACGAAGAUUCCUCAAAGUUCUUUGCAGCCACAAUAGUCUACAACUCUUUCUGGGGCUUUGUGUGUUUUAUCUUUGCAUUCAAAGGUAGAGAGCUACCCGACAUUUACAAAAACGCCUCGUUAAUCACUGUGAGCAUGGUUCUGUUUUUAAUUAUAUGGAUUGUUUUCCUCCCAAUCUUUCUCACUUUAGAAGGAAAGUACAAGCCAGCUAUAAACAGCGCAGCCAUUCUCAUUUCGUGCUUCAGCAUCCUUGCCUGCCACUUGGCCCCCAAAUGUUACAUUAUGCUGUUCAGGAAAGAGAUUAAUAAUCAGAAUGCUAUCAGCGAGUACAUUAGAAAACAUUACGAGAGGAAGGACAUCUCAGUGAUUACAUCAUGAUCAUACAUGCUUGUCCUAAUUCCUCCUGAUAAUAGAUGAGCUACAAAAUAAUACAAAUGAAGCGUGAUGUAUGCAUAGGGCUGUUUGCUUAAUGUCUGGACUUAAAUCUGACCAGAAUUUUACAUUUUUAGGUAAGUUAGGAGGAUUUUUUUUUCAAACCAAAUUCUAAAGAUGUAUUUUCAUGUAUAACUUCUGAAUUACUAGAAAAAAGUAAAUCUAUGAAAAAAAGUCUAAACAUUGAUUAUGUUUGUUAAAUUCUAAGCAUUGAACAAACAAAAAUAUGUUCGGUGAUCCUAACUGAUCUAAAAGGACAAAGGUUUGAUUUGAUAUAAUGUUAGACAGCAAGGAAAAAGGGUUGUGUCUUUGUUUUGAAUUUCCAAAAUAAUAGAAGGGUUUCAGGACACAAAUGAGAAUGAUUAAUCUACCCUUAGAACAUGGAUAUGUACCA